AAAUAAAUUCGAAUGAGUAUAAUCCAGCUGUCCUUGAAAUUGAAACUACUUGUACCAAACCUAGUGCAGUGUGGGCAAAAUACAUUGGAAAACAUAACAAAACAAUUGACAUGGCGGAAGCUUUGCAACAAGCUAUGAGUGGGCUAAUGCCGGAUAUUAUCGAGGACUCUAUGCCCACGAUUGUGGAAACUUUGAUGGGGCGUGUAAUGGGAAACAUCCUUCCCGAUGUGGUUUCCGAGAAAACACCCGGUAUAGUGAAUGACAUCACUCCUAAGGUUAUCGAUGAUCUUAUGCCCAAAGUGGCCGUAGAUGCCGUGAAAAAUGUACUUGGUGAACUCAUGGGAAAGGUGGUUGGAGAUCUCAUGCCCAACAUCCUCGGGGAUGAGGCCCGUUCGCUCCCCAAUCUUAUAUCUAAUAUAGUACCUAAAGUUGUUGAAGCGCUACUCCCAAAGAUUCUUACAGCAGCGUUACCAAAAAUAUGGGAUGAAGUAAUGCCAGAUUUUGUUACUGAUAUCAUGCCGGAUGCCUUAGAGAAUAAAAUUAUUAACAAAGUUGGUGAAUCCUUGCCUCGUAUUGUUGGAGAUCGUGUUCAAGAGGUAAUGAGUGAAUCGUCGGAGGAGAUUAAAUGCGAGGUUGUGGCCCCUGUUCAAGGAGCUAUGGUGCCUGAUAUUGUAGGCAAUUCGCUCCCUCAGAUUAUCGACGAAUCCCUCCCAGAUAUUGUCAGUGGCGCCCUUAAAGACGUCCUUGGUGGAUUCAUGUCGAAAAUAGUAGGAGGUGGCAUCUCUGAAAUUAUAGACGAGUCUCUAAAGAAGGUGAUCGGGGGAACCCUGCCCGAUAUUUUUGACGGUUUCAUUGAACGCAUCAUAGGUGGCGCUCUUCCCGAUGUUGUUACUGAAAUAGUACCCGACCUUAUCAGCAACUCUGUGUCCAAGAUUCUCAAAAAUCACAUAGGGGAUAUUAUCAAAUUAUUAAUUGCAGAUAAUUUUGGGAGUAUUGGAAAAUUUGUCGUUGACCUCGUAGGGGAGGAACCGCCUCCGGAAUAACAUUAUAAUGACGUGGGAUUGCGUUUUCCGAUCGUCUCUGCCACUUUUUUCAAUAUUAAGACUACAUUGGAAACGACUAUAAUCAUGCUACGUGUACUUUUUUAUUUAUUUUACAGGACCAUCAGCAUAAUAAUUGAUAAGGGGUAGUGUCAAUAUUUCAAUGUCCGUCAAAAAGUAAUAAAUUUAGUAAGGUCUUAACCCACUCCCUCUUUUAAGGAAAGUCAAAAUGAUGAUCCGCGCAUGAUGUAUUAAAGGAGUCAAAAUGUUGAUUUGCGUGCAGUGCAGUGUGCACAAGUUAAAGUUUUUUGACGGACAUUGAAAUAUUAACCCAACCCUUAGAAAGUUUGAAUUACGUAACGUAAGUUAGCCAUAAAAUGUGAUUACAUGUAUAUCAAAAUGUGGACAACAGAAGUCGAAGGAUUACUUUACCAAUAUGUAAGUAAUCAGAUGACUGCAUUGUUGGCUAUAGAUUGACUCUACAAUCUGAACGACCUAUUGGCUGUAACAGUUGAACA